AUGCAGCCCCUCCGCCUGCAGAACCUCUCCAUAUGCUUCCAGCUCCUGAUCUUCUCCUGUCAGACCCAGUACGUGAGGGACCAGGGGGCCGUGAGCGACCAGCUGAGCCGGCGGCAGGUCAGGGAGUACCAGCUCUACAGCCGGACCAGCGGCAAGCACGUGCAGGUCACCGGCGAGCGCAUCACCGCCACCGCCGAGGACGGCAAUAAAUUCGCCAAGCUGAUGGUGGAGACGGACACCUUCGGCAGCCGCGUGCGCAUCAAGGGAGCCGAGAGCGAGCGCUACAUCUGCAUGAGCAAACGGGGCAAGCUGGUGGGGAAACCCAACGGCAAGAGCAAAGACUGCGUCUUCACCGAGAUCGUGCUGGAGAAUAAUUACACGGCUUUCCGCAACGCCCGCUACGAGGGCUGGUACAUGGCCUUCACCCGCAAGGGCCGGCCCCGCCGAGCAUCCCGCAGCCGCCAAAAUCAGCGGGAAGCCCAUUUCAUCAAGCGCCUGUACCGGGGGCAGCCGCCCUUCCCCAACGCCGAGCGCCAGAAGCAGUUCGAGUUCGUGGGCUCCUCCUCGCCCACGCGCCGCACCCGGCGCACCCGCACCCCCACGUAGCGCCCCGGCCGCCUUCCUCCUCCUCCUCCUCUUCCUCCUCAUGGACUUUUUUCUCCUUCUCCUCGUGCCCCCCAAGCACUGUUUUUUCCCCACUUAUCUCUAUUUUUGGCGUAAAGAUGCUCUAUUUUUAUACUCGGGGCCAGCGCACCCAGAGCCACCCCUGCCGCACCCCAAAUUCACCGCCCGGUGCCUCUGCCCAUUGCCCUCUCUGGCUGGGGUGUCUGCCCCCCUUUAUUUUUAUUUUUAUUUUUUUUAGAGACUUCUCCCCAUGCCACCAAGCCCCCGGCCACGUCUGUGACCCCGUCCUGCUGCCAGGGGGGUGCCGAGGCCACCCCCAGCCCCAGGGCUGUGACCCAGCUGUCACCCUGCGAGGUGACCGCGGUGACCGGGGGUCCCGCACCGUGCCAGUCCGUCCCCAA